AUGGCAUCAUCCGGUAGCGGAGUAUCCGAUGUGAGUGACCCGAGGACUUUUACCUCUGACGACGAGGUGGCUACCGAUUCGGGAGUUUACACCUCAGACUACACGAGCACUGAUGAAGAUGACUUUCAGCCUUUUGCCCUACCGAUCUUCGGAGACGACGCACCCCUAGCUGACGGCCCACCUGGAGAGGACCUACCGCUUGUUCCCAUCCCUGCCCCUCUCCCCUUCGCUGCGGUUCCCUUUGAGGAACAACCUAUCGACGCAUUACCCGAUGGUGACAUCGACUUACUCAUCGAGUGUCCCCCGGAGGGAGACCAGGAUGGUGGGGCCCCGGUGGAGGACGGUGUUCCACCUGUUGAUAUCCCAGAUGUUGAUCCUAUUGUUCCCAUGGUCGAGCUUGCUGGUAUGGAGGUUCAGUCCGAUUCAUCCGCUUCUGAUUCCUUUGAGUCGAUAGCUUCACAUAUCCCACCGUUGGGAUUCGAUUCCAUUCCUCACAUGGAUGCUGAUGAGGAGAUGGAGUUGGAGCAGCCUGCUGAGGCUCCUCCUCAUCCAGAUGAUCCGAUUCCUGCCAUGCUUGUUGAUUAUCAGCCCGCUCCAGUCACUUCCGAACCCGUUCUUGCCAUCGACCCUGUUACUGUCUCUGUUACACCCGUUGUUGCACCACCAGCCGUUGAGAUACCCGAUCCCAUGGCUAUCUUUGAUGAUCUUGCACCAUUCUCUACCCACAUUGACCCGAGGUAUGCCCACUCCAGCAAUGGGUGGAUUGAGGAGGAUGACUACCCUCCGUACGUAGUCCCAGUCACUCCCCCUCCUGCACCUAUCGCUGUACCCUUCGAUGCUCCCUUGUUUCCUCCAUCCACAUCCGAUACUCACCGCACUGACCUUCCUAUCACUUUCCUUCAGGACAUUCCUCCGCCCCAACCUGGAGAGGGAUCGUCGAGCCAACUUUUUGGGCACACCCCAUUCAUGCCAGAGGUAAGCCAGUUCUUACCGCAGGUCCCUUAUUCAGAUUUUGUUCCACCAGUGUCACUUUCUGCACCUUUCGAGACCCAGUUACCCCAUGUCACUUCACAGUUUGUAUUUACCCCACACAUUACACUUCCGGUUUUAGCCCCGAUGGGUGAACCAUCCCUAUGGUCAGCACCCCAGGUCAUGCCUGUAUCUGACACUUAUCAUCCAUUUUAUGACGGAUUCUCUGUGGAGGACACGCUCACGUCGCUGCAGUUACGGCGGGACGCCUUGAGGUAG